GGCAGCACCGGUGAAACUACAGAGACCAGAGACACACACUGAGUAGAGUGAGAGAGGAACCUGUACUCUUCCACAACAUAAGGAGACGGGAAUACACAAGAGAUAUUAAUUAUUUUUUGCUCGAUUUCUGCAAAGUGGACUGUCAAUGCCUUCAAGAGAAUACACAUAAUACUCCGAUCCUUGUUUCACCUUGGCUGGAUCCGGACUCUUGACAGCCUAUGCUUUUCUGGAGCGGUGCACCGGUCUUUUUGUGUGUGCGUGUUGGGGCUUCAACGGUGUUUCAACUGGUGGAUUAUGUCAACGAUUGCUGAUCUGUCUACAAAGAUGGAGGAGAAAUGCCAGUGAAAUGAAUGAAGAAAAGAAGCGUUCUAAUAAUCAAAACUUUUUGGGACCUGGAGAGUUGAAAACGAAAUUUUCAUUCACAGAUAGUGAAACGUCAGAUACAACAUUUUGAGAUAUCUAUUUCAAAUGUAUUAUUAUUUUUGGAAUUUAGGACAUACAGAAUAACUCAGACUGACUGAAUUAGUGACAGUGAUAGAUGAAGAUGGCAUUAUUUCCUAUACAUCAUCUCUGGAUGACUGCAGACUGAUAAUUUUUCAAUUGACUAACAAAGGCCUACUUGACAUCCCUAGAUGUGCAACGGCAGAUAGCAGUAGAUUGAUCCUUUUUUUUUUUUUUUUUUGCCUAAAAGAGGUACAAUAAACAGGGUAGAUCAAAUCCCACUGUGGGCACGAUGGAUACUCAGGCUAGAACUCCGAGGGAAAAGUUGACUCCCAUCAAGGUGAAUUCCAAACAUGAUACGGAGGGUGAGGAUGACAAAAUACCAGAGACUUUUGACUGCAAUGUUUGUGGCCGCAGCUUCCCUUUCCUGAGCUCUUUGUCACAGCAUAUGAGACGCCAUACUGGCGCACGCCCUUAUAAAUGCCCCUACUGUGACCACAGGGCCUCUCAGAAGGGCAACCUCAAAGUUCAUAUACGCAGUCACAAACUGGGUACGCUCUCUCGCCACCACUCCAAUGAGGAGGAAGAAGGGGGCGCAGAGGAAGAGGAGAUGACUGUUUCAGAGGGUCUUGAUGGAGGCACAAGUCCAACCAAGAGCAGCUCAGCCUGUAAUCGGAUGAUCAGUGGUCAUAGUGCAGAAGAAAGCCGCAGGAAAGUGCCAGUGAGGAGCGUGAAAAGAGAGAAAACUAUAAGUGAUCAGCUGCCUUACUGCUGCCGUCUUUGUGGCUACGAGGCCCAGCGGGAGGACCAGCUCCUGAGCCAUAUUGAGAAGGUCCACAUUACUGUAGACACAGGAGAGCAGACAAGUGUUAAGGAAGAAGCUGUGGCUGAACCAGAUGAAUCAAAGUGUGAUGGGACCUUUACCUGUGAAACCUGCGGCCAGGUGUUCACCCAAGCCUGGUUCUUGAAGUCACACAUGAAGAAACAUGCUGGGAUCCUAGACCAUUGCUGUCAAAUAUGUGGACGGGGCUUCCGCGAAGCUUGGUUUCUUAAAUCCCACAUGAAAACACACAACACCAGAUCACGGUCUCGUGCAAAAUCUGAUUCUGCUGAGCAUCCUGCCACUAUCAAUGAUGUAGCACAAGAUCCUGAAAUUGUUUGCUCUGUUGAGUCGGUUUACCAAAUGUGCUCUAAAUGUGGGAAUCUGUUUCAUAGCAUAGAGAGCCUGAGGGCUCAUGAUAAAGUCCAUGGUCUCAGUUAUGGAGAUCAAUCUCAGAACCAGUCACAACCCAGUGAUGGUGAAGAUUCACCAGCCUCAAAGAGACGUUUACUUGACUGCUUAGGCCUACAGUCUGUUGCAGUAAAGGCUGCGGAGGUUGAAAGUGAUGCCAUACUGGGUCAAAGAAUCCCAGAGCUUGAUCCAGUUUGCAGUUACCAAGCAUGGCAUUUAGCUACAAAAGGAAAAAUUGUAGAACCAAUUGAAAAUAUGAAGGUUUCCAGUGAUGGAGGAAAUAUUGGAGAAGAAGACAUUGCUACAGCCACUGUCGUUUACAAGAACGGUUAUGCCCUUCAAGAAAAGCGCAACACAGACCGCCGCAGCAGCUCCGGUUUGGGAAACCAAGCAUCAUCUGGAGACCAGACACCAGAGAAUCUCAGCGAUUCGGAGUACCGGCCAACAUCUCGCCAGGAACGGAGAAGGUCAUCCCAGUCUCAAGGUCCCUCUAAAUCCCUUGAGUGCUUUGAAUGUGGGAAGAUGUUCCGUAGUCGUCACCAGAUGAUCGUCCACCAGCGACUCCAUAGAAAGGAUGGUAGCAGGACAUCAGUGAGCGACAAGGAAAAAAGUAGAAGGAAAGACCAGUGGAGCUCCAUGAGUGACCCUGAAUCAGGCUCCCCAAACCGACCUUUAACCCCGGGGUAUGGAGAUUCUCCACCAGCCUCCACUUUCAGAGACCAGGCAUCUGAGAUGGGCACUGCUAACUCAGGAGAGUUUCCAGAUGAGAGGCCGUACAUCUGCAGCCUGUGUGACUUUGUCACCACUGAGUCACAUGCAUACCUGGCUCAUGUCCGUGUUCAGCAUUCAGCUUCCUCUGAAGACAGAGCCAACCCCACACCUAGAGUCACCCCCAAUGGAUACCCCAAAUUGAAGAAAGCGCUCCUGCAAGGUCUGGAAAAUAUUCCAUCCUCUCUUUCUGAUCUUUCAACUUGCUCUCCUCUCCAUGAGUCUGUUUUGGCCCCUAUGGAUUUAUGUAUGAGGCCCGAAGGUCAAAGGGGCCAAGCCCCCAUAACCCUUGACAGGAAAAUCCUCCCGAACCAUAAAUGCUCCUUCUGCUCCCAUUCAACCCUCUAUCCCGAGGUUCUGUGGAUGCAUCAGACUGUUGCCCACCGCAUGACCAGUAGUAGCUCCAGUCUGGUGCCUAAAUGGGCCCUGAAAAACAACACCAAGGGGCCAAAAGACUUGUCCUCCAGGAGACGAACUGCCCCCCCACCAGUCUUGGAGGGUAAAGAAUGUCCACCCCUGCCAGCAGUUGUGCGUGUCCAUCGCACACGACCCCCAACCCAGUCCAAAAAAGUACUACAAAAAAGCAAAGCAAUUUUUCAUGCAGACACAGCAGCAUCAAGAUCAUCCCCUCACUCUUCAUCUUCAUUGUCACGACCAUCCACAUCCACCUCAGGAUUUCACGCUGCAAGAGUCCCUCAGAGUCAACCUUUGCACUCCAGACCCAAAAGCGAUGUUUCCUCUCGAAGAAGCUCGCUGUCAUCCUCCACCUCUAAGGAGAAGAGCUUCAGCACACCUUCCCGUUCUUCAGCCCCAAGCCUCAACUCUGCUACUGCUACCAAAAGGGCAGAAUGUUAUAAGAUGCCUCAGGAGGGACUCGGCUACAUGCUUUCUAACAAGUACGGUAGCCAAGCAGAGUUCGACCAAGCUAGAGGCUCUUCUUAUCAAUCACUCACCAACUCCCGUGGCCAGCGACAGACUAAUGCUACCAGGCCUAGUAGCAUCAUCCACAACUCCACAGCGGGGCACUAUGGAGCGACGCAGUCAUAUGGAGGCAUACUUCAGACUUCAUCCUCCUCCUUGCCCUCAGAGGCUUAUGGGAAUGUGAAGCAGGAACAAACAUCAGAAAUCCCAGAAAUGCCAAACAGCAUCCUCAGCUUCCUCAAAAAUUACAACCCCCAUGAACUGGCUGCACUGUACCACCGCUGGGGUGCCACAAAUUCACUUUUGGAUCCCACUGGGAUGCUGAGGUCUGUCAUGCGACAGGGACAGCAUUUCUGCCAUGAGUGUGGGAAGAGUUUUGGUCAGCCCAGCCACCUCCGCACUCACAUGAGGUCCCAUACAGUUGGGUUUGAUUUUAACGGACUCCACAGAGGUACUGACGCUCACACCACCGCUUCUGAAGCUCCCAAACAAGAGAGAGGCCUUUCUGCUGCCAGCUCUGCCCAUACAGAGCCUCUCAGAAAGGGAACCUGAAAACACAUGUCCAGAGUGUCCACCACAUGCCUUUUGACAACAGCAAGUAUCCAGAUUCCAGAAACUUGUUACUGAGCCCCGAGGAGCGCAGAGAGUUCGGACAAACACCAACCCCACAAAAUCAGCCUUAGCGCUUCUUAUAAACUUCUGAAUUUCAGUUCAAGCUAGUCAGGGACUCACAUCAACUGAAAAAUGCCAUCAUCACAUUGAAUAAUAGAAGGAUUUGAUCAGCAUUGGAUUUUAUGGUUGACAAUGUGAAAAUGUUUUCGCGCUUCAACCAACCCCCUUUAACGAGGGCUUCCUAUGUUUCUUGUAGUUCAACAGUGACGUUUUGGAAUGAACGAAUGGCUGCUUUUCACGACUCAAAAAUAAUACAAUGGGUAAAGUCAGAUGAAGGCACAAACCUAUUUUGCUCCGCUUCUUGCAAUUGAAGGUUGAAAAUAAGGAUCACAAUGUGUUGAAUGAUAUAUACUUUCUGAGGACAAUACUGAACUCAUUGGCAUAUGAAAAUAUAUUUUAACUAACUGCCUUGGCACGCUACUUUAGUGAACAACUUGUUUCUCCCUUUUCUUAUCGUCCUUGAUGCAUCACUUAUAGCAGCAUUCUAUUGUCCAUAAUCUGCUGCAAGUAACAUUUUUUUUUAUUCACUUCUUUAAUUACUUUAUACUUUAAUGAAUUUAAUAACUGAUUAUCAAAUGAAUGAGUUCUCCCUUCAAAUAUUUGGGCACAAAAAAGAAAAAUAUUGGAGCGCUCACAGUGGUAAACCAUCUUAAAAUUGACUGAAGUAAUUACAUGAUUUGCAAUAUAGUGGCCAAUAAAUGCUAUCUGUAUUGUAUAACUGAUUAAUCGACAAAUCAUCACAGCCAUAAAGACUUCUUCUGGGCUAAAAGCCAUUACAGUGUCUUAUAUGAUCCAGCAUGUGCAAAUGGGUUGAAGUCACUUCACUCCACUCCUUAGUGAAUUCUUAAGAGUGACCCCUCCGAGGGAGAUGAUUAGAGAGACUGGGGGGGUGGAGAGUGAGAGAGAGAGGGAGAAAGACAGAGAGAGUGACUGCUCUAAUGCUCAUUAAAAAGAGUUGCUUUUUAAUAGCCAUUAUAAAUGAGUGUACCACUUUUAUGGCCAUACAAUUAUUGUCAAUUGAAGAGGAAGGGGCUGAGUGCUGGCACUUUCCAUCUAUAUAACUCCUUUAUAUUACGGAGCUUUUCUCACACUGACACUUUGACUUUGAUUUACACUGCAAACCUGCAGUGGGAGCAUGUUGAAGACUCAGAUUGAAAUUACAUAAAGUAAAGGGCAGCUGGUACACGUUUGGAGGCAAAUAUGAAUCUGCUAAUGCUAGCCAGUGUGAUUGCGUUGUGAAAAAUGCAUAUGGUAAUUGGAGUUCGUGUUAUUUUAGUUUCAGUUACAUUUAGCUGAAGGCCGAUGUUCAAAUCCCCCCCCCCCCCCCCCCCCCCCAACUGAUUCAUGGUCGAGACAGCAGGAUGCAAAUUGUGGAUCACACCAUCAGACUUUAUUUUUUCACCGAACGUUUCUACUUGAAAAAAUGUUCUGUUUGAUCUUAUGACAUGUAAUCACUGCAAUACACGGCCACUUCAAGAUACCUGUCGUGAUCUGUUUUGAGUUACAAUAUCGUCAUUUGGUCAUCUGCUUUGUAUUAAUCGUUAUUUGCACUGCUUUUAGGCACUGGACAAAACCAUUGAUCAAUUUGGGUUUUAUUAUUGAUAGAAACUACAUGAAAUUCUCAGCCCAGAGUGUUUUAUUUUGUAUGAUUCGUCAACUGGUAUAUUGGUGGGCCAAAGUGAAGUGUUACAAAAUAUUCCUUCUUAGUCCAACAGUGGGAAGAGUCACAAAUGGGCUUUGGUAUCUUCCAUGAGGUUACGUCCAACUUGUCUCAUGACGAAAGGCCAUUCCGUCAUAUGCUACCAAAUUGUGAUGUUGAACUCUACUGGAUUGUCGAGCAGCCUUAGCACAGAUGAGGUUGCAUGUCUUUGUGCAUUAUUUCCCAAUCUACUUAAAAAGGAUGAUUAACAUCCAUCCUUGUGUUGUGCCUACCUCCUUCCAAAUUGCAUGUUAAUAUGAAGGAGGGGUUGGUCUUCACAGUUUUUUUACUUCAUAUUCUCUACUUGGGCUUGUCUUCAGCAACCCCCAAAUUGAGUAAGCCAUGCCUUGACAUAUUGGAUAUAAGCAGAUUGUCACUUGUCAGGGAAUGUAAUUGUGUGGUACAUUUUUGCACGCAUAGACUAUUCAAACGAGUUCGCAUACAGAGUACGAAACUAUUAGUCUAUUUUAAAAUCUCAGUAGUUUUUACAACAACAAAAAAAAUAGAUGUAAUACCAGCUGAGAUAUGCAUACUAUGUUCUGUACCUUAAUAUGUCUAAUGAUACACCUAAAAAGUGUGUUUUGAAGCUGUGGGUAGUGAAAAUACUUGAAAACAAAUAUUCUAGCCUUGUAGUGUAGAAUAGUACUAAUAAUGCCCACGUUGUACAGAAUUCCCUUUAAGAUUAACUCCUCAGUUAGAAAUUUGUACUCCGAAGUGUGACUUAGUGAAAGUGUGAAGCUGGAGUGACUGUAAUAUAUAAACUGUUUUAUCUGUAAUCCACUCUUACCAAACUCUUUAUAUACAGCAGUAGAAACCAAAUGGCAUUGUUAGUGCACUUAGACUAGUUUACAGCUUUAACCUUUCAUUCUGUUCUAAUCUAGUCAAGGUUACUUUAAGAAUGUUAUUAUAGCUAAUAGACUUGUAAAUUGAGGUUUAGGAACUUUUUGCAUAGAUUUUAAUGACUGAUCUUUUUUUGUAAUGACUCUGUGUCACACCAGUUUACUUGUUUUUUUUUUCUGAUGGAAAGUUUGACAAGUUGAGGCUCAGCAGUGCUUAUUUUUCAUGAAGAUGUAAGAGCUUGUUUUUAGUCACUCUGCUAAAUCGUAGGACUUUUGUCAUUAGCUCGCCCUGUCUGGCCUUCCACGGGGGUUGUUUCCCCCCCCCCCCCCUUUGGUUGGGGCUUUAUUACAUAUUUUAAAUUGUGUUUUUGUGUCUGAACUUUUUAUUUGUAUUGAACCUCAUGAUUAAUGUACCUAUCAAGACCUUGUUAUUCCAAGUGGUUUGGUUGAAAACUGUAUUUAUUAUCACUUCAAAAAGGACAGGAGGGCAGUAGCAGGACAGGUGUUUGGUAAAUUUGAUUUUCUAGGUCAUUAUUUUGUGUUUCGUUAGUUUGUUUGUGUUGUCAUUUUCAAGCCAGCAAAGCGACGUGAAAGCUCUACCUCGCCUGAGCCAUUCUCAGUUCUGUUAUACUUUUGUAAAUUUCAAAAACAUAUAAUGUCAUGUCCAAAAUAAAGACACAUAAAAUGAUAAA